AUGUCCAACCUCAACCUCGCGACCCUUGACAUCUCCGAACACGCUAACCUCCCCACCUCAUCCGAGGUUCUCUUCAAGGCCAAAGCCGACAAGAAGCUCUCUUUCGAGAGCAUAGCAGCAGCCAUUGGCCGGAAUGAGGUAGCCACCGCAGCCAUCUUCUAUGGACAAGCAAAAGCUUCCGAGGAGGAUAUUGCCAAAUUGGCUCAGGUCCUUGAAAUUGACCAUGCUCAUCUGGAGUCUCUUCUGAGCGGAUUCCCAGACCGGGGAAAGUCCGUCUCCUUCCCCCCGAAGGACCCGCUGAUUUACCGUCUGUAUGAGAUUGUGCAGAACUAUGGCUACGCGUAUAAGGCGGUGAUGAAUGAGAAAUUUGGAGACGGGAUUAUGAGUGCGAUUUCCUUCUCGACUACGGUUGAGAAGGAGACGGAUAAGGAUGGGAAUAAUUGGGCGGUUGUGACGUGGAGGGGGAAAUGGCUUCCAUAUUCACGAUUCUGA